UAUAUUAUAGAAGAGAUGCUGUAGAGAACUCGUUUGUCUGCUGUUUCCCGAUAGGCUGUGGGUUUCAUGAGUCAAGUCCGGGGAUGUCCCUUCCUCCGGAACAAAUCUACUCUUCAAAGUGAAAAUAGAGUAUCGAAGCUUCCCCAAGCUCUGCCCAAGCUUCCAGUUCAAGUACAGUACCUUUGUUGCUCGGCCUAUGCUGGUGCCGGUGGUGCAGCUCCGUUACCAUACCAUUGGCCGGCGGUCUAUUAGAGUUUACUCAGCAGAAGCUCCGGCUGGUCGGGUGCUUGGUUUGAGAUGGCAGCGGUGGAAUGGGCAAGGGCCUACCGACGAACCAUCAACGACAUCUUAAGCGACCCAAAUCAUACACGGCAGACUGCAGCAAAAGGUGCUUUUUGUAACGAGUGUUCGGCAAGUAGAGUGCGUGUGCGUGAUUUAUUGAUUUGCUUCAGGGGAUUACCAGCUAUGUUUUCAGGUUCAGGUGAGGAUAGGCGGAUCUCCGGUCUUCAACGGGCAAUCCAGUGUUUCGUCAAGCGGAAAGCCUCUCCUUCAUAUUUGACCCCAGGACUUGAGACAUCUGCAUGCGACGGCGGAUCGACGUGUUUGCCAUCCUUCACCAAUCGCAUCCGUACCACACUUGUGUCAAAUUUGCAGCCUGUCGACGCCGUAGAACAGCUACCACGCCCUUUUUCGCCGGGUACAACAUUGGGGAUGUGGGGCUUCAUAUGUUCUUUCGACUUUCGCAUCUGCAAUCUUUUUCCCUUCCCUUCAGAUCGUUCACCGCUGAGACCGUCAACGCUGCCCAUCUGUGUCGUCAGUUACACGACGGCGAGAACCAGGACUAAACCUUGUUGGUCCGCUCGAUCCAACUUCCCAAGCCGGACAGUCUAAUAUGGCGUCGCUAGCUUGCUUGCUCUCUCGCCCAGGAUGACGCUCGUGACCACAGAUCUCAGCCCGUCCAGUUCGCAGCGCCCUGGUUCGUUACGGGAAAGUGCCUCUGCCAUUUCGGGUUAAAAGCCAGGGGCAACCAUUGCUUGCAUCAUAGCAUGGCGACAGCGCUC